AUGACCUUGUACAUGGCGUUUAAUUUCUGCCGCCUUGUUAGGAUUUCUGUAAAUAGAGUGCGCGCCCCAUAAUUUCGGCGCGAAUAAUACCUCAGAUACAAACGAGUUGAUUGUGUUAAUUGGCUAUUCAGUGUGUCAUAAUGACUAUUCUUGGUGUCGUAUCUAAGUGUAUCGCAUUUCUAUCAUAUGUUUUUCUUGCAAUUGCCUCUAUAGUGUUCAUUUCUGUUGGUGGGGGCAUACUUGCGCUUAUUGCCCGUUACAAACAUGCACUGGUUGAAACAAACGUUUCAUUUCCUGCCUAUAUUCUUCUCGGCACAGGUAUACUGCUUAUAUUAGCAGGUGGUACUGGUGUACUUGCUUGUAUAAAGCAUAGUCGCUGCUUACUUGUGUUUUUCUACAGCUUGUUACUCCUCAUUUUACUUUGUGAGCUAGCCGUUGUUAUAGUCUCUAUAUUUUACUGGCCAAAGGUUGGCAGACAGAUAUCUCAGAUGCUUCAAGAGGAGCUGAAUAUAUAUGACAAAGUUGAUGCAGCUGAACGUGUUGUAGACAUCAUUCAGUCUAAUUUGCAUUGUUGUGGAGUGAAUAAUUGGUCUGACUGGGAAUCUACUAGUUUCUACAAAGCUAACAAGAGCUAUCCUCAGAGUUGUUACGACGAUCCUAAGAAUAAAGAAUCCAAACCUUAUCAAACUGGCUGUGUUGUCGCUUUGGGAAGUGAAGUCCAAAGUCACCUAGCGUAUGUCAUUGGAUCCGGAUGCAUCUUUUUCCUUUUACAGCUUCUCAGCUUGCACAGCACAUGUAUUGUGGUCUGUCGAUCAGGACCAAUCCACCUUUGGCGUAAUGAUGGCUACAUAAACAUAUAAUUUAUUCAAAUAGUACCUACGAUUCAUUCUGGCUGUUCGUAUGCCUCAUGGUUAAAUGAAGGGACAGCUACUGAGACCAUAAAAUACCAUUCAUUGCCAUAUAUGCUACUUCAUCCGGCAUAGAUCAUUUUAUUAUCUAACUGUUAUACAUAAAACUCAAAUUUGAUCUCACUUACACUUUUUUUAAUUGAUUAAAGCGUCGAAUAUAGUUUUUUUUCAAAGUAAACUAGUGACUUUUGCGUUGUAUUUAGUUUGAAUGUCAGCUGAUUUGGAAAUUUGGAUUUACUAUGCAAUCGAAGUUUCUUUUGUG